GAAAUGCGGAAGUAAAUACAUAAAUAAAAAGAAAGUAACUGUUUGAAAAAUUCAAUUUUUAUGGCGAAAACACCAUAAUAUUUGAUAUUUCGAUGUAUCAGAAGGUUGGAAGAUGGACGAUUUAGAACUGAUACAGCAAUUCUAUGACGAAUUCUUUGGACACGAUUCAACGAUAUCAAGACAUUCACAUGAAAUUGAACUACCUAGAGUAACGUCUGAUGAUGAAAAUGAUGACAAUCAAGUGCCAUCAGAAAAUGUAAAUGAUCAUGUAAUCUCGGAACAUGAUGAUGACAUACCAGUUGUAGAAUCAUGCGACACAUUAGCGACUGGCUGCGAUUGCACUUCUAUGUGCAUGGACUCUAUUGACCGUGAAGCUGCCCAAGCCCAUAUUGACAAUAUAAGGCAGUAUACAAAGGAAGAAAAGGACUUAUAUAUAAUGGGAGCAUUAAACCGGAUAAAUUCAGAUAAAAAACGAAGCCGGUAUGGUGAUCGUCAGCGUACGCGAUACGACUAUAAGUUUGAGGGUAAUGUUGUGUGCAAGAAAACAUUCAUGUGUGUGUAUGACAUCGGACCGACUCAUCUCAAGAAUCUCUUAAAACAUGUUAACGAGAAUGGAAAUGUUCCCCGUUGUCAUGGAAACCAAGGCCGGCGGCCCAUUCAUGCGUUAACUUUUCAAGAAAUUGAAAAUGUAAUAUCAUUUUUAAAGAAUGUUGCAAUUGAUGAAGGACUGCCCAUGCCUGCAGCACCCAGAGGGAGAGCCAAGGACGCACCAGUUUUCCUCCACAGCUCCACCACAAAGAUGAAAAUGCAUAAAUUAUAUGAAAAAUCGUGCAUUGAAGCAGCCACAAAAUGUAUUAAAUAUAGGACGUUCUGCAGAUUGUGGCAUGAGCUUUGUCCAAACAUCAAGAUCGCCACUCCCCAAGAGGACGUGUGUGUCACGUGUGAGAUGUCACGGAAAGGAGUCGCUGAUGCCACGACAGACGACGAGAAGCUAGCUGCUGCAUCAGCUCUCGAGAGACACACCAAUGCGACCAGAAAAGAGCACAAGCCAUGCUCAACUGACUUUCAGCAUGCACAUUACACGUUCGACUUUGCUCAGAAUUUGUGCCUGCCACAUCACAGUCGCCAGAUGGGACCUAUGUACUUUGUCACUCCUAGAAAAUUUCAUUUAUUCGGGUUUCGGUACGACGCCCUUCCGAUUCAGUAUAAUUUUCUAAUCGACGAAGCCGAGACUAUGAUGCAGGAUGGAGGUGGCAUUCACGGGGCAGAUGCUGUAAUUUCGCUCGUGGAUUACGCUCUGACAGAGUUUGGGCACGGGGAGCGAGUGACUUCUCUUCAUGCGGACAAUUGUGGCGGACAAAACAAAAACCGCUACCUGCUAGCGUACUUCUGCUGGAGGACCAUGAUCGGCCUUAACGAGGAGAUACGCUAUUUGAUGCAGGUAGCAGGUCAUGCCAGGUGCAUAAUAGACGCUGGGUUCGGGCGAAUCAAGGCGCUUUACAGGCGAACGGACUGUGAAACCUUGAGCGACCUAGGUUAGUUGAAUAGAAGUAUUCUCAUUCAACAAAAACAACAGACUGAUUUAAGUUUAUUUAAAUCAAAUGAUUGAACAAAAACAUCGAAAUUAUAUCGUGAAUGUGGUGAGAAAUUUUUAUUCACGUUGUUCCAUCUUCUUCAACUACAAAUGAGGCUAUCCUUUACAAGAAACCUGACGGGACCUCGAGGUUUGAAUGGCGAGAAUGGAAGACAUUUCUUUGGGAACAGUUUCGUGCACUAAAAGGAAUAAGGUCAUAUCAGCAGUUUCGAUUCACCUCUGAGUCGCCUGGCAUCAUUUUAGAAAGGAGAAGACAACGAGGAGACGAGCUACUGUGUGGUCCGUGGUGGAAAUGUACUGCGAAGUAGACCGCAGGAAGUACAAGCUGCUGGUUUAAGCCGCGAGCGCCAGGCAUACUUGGCAACUCACGUGCAAAAAUACUUGCGGGCGAAGAACAAGGACACAACAUGUCCGCUUUCUGAGGAAUAGUGCCAAGUGUCUGACAUCACUGAAUAAGUGGACAUAUUUCGCGUGUUGUUGGUGAAUUGUUAUUGUGCUGUUGUUUGUUGUUAAAAUACCGAUUGUAACGGUAUAUCUGUUAUAUCGUUUAUGUACACAUAGAUAUUGAACAUUGAUACUUUAAUGUUUUUUUGUUUUUUAAAUGUUAAAGACGAUGGCUUGAAAACACACUUCAAGAUACUCCGCGAAACAUAUAGGGACUGUUUUUAUAUCAUAUGGGUAUACAGCAUUUAUUAAGGUAAUAUCACUACGGGAGAUUCUUCAAUACGUUUUAUCAAAUAUCAGAAUAUAUUAAUUAAUAGAAAAUUUACUAAAAAUUUGUUGAAAAAUAAGCCAGCGAUAUUUUCAUUCUAAAUUGCAGUACUCGUUGCCAUGGUUACAUCAACAUUUAUACAGUAUUUGUGCAGUUACCGAAAUACUUUUCUAUUGUUACCAUUCCGUUAAAGUUUCAAUUUAUUACCAAUA